UUGAAUAACAGUAGAACCGUUUCAAAACAUUCCGAAACGUGUCGACUUGCUUGAACAUACCACGGAAGUGUGAGACAAACGUUGAGCGGCAUCUCCAGUCAACCAGUUUUAUUAGUGAGCAUUUUCAUUUUAAAACGCUGUUUAUUUUUUUUUACAGCUAAGGGAUAGCUAACGUCUUAAAACAGACACCGUUAAAGUGAAAUAUGCCUCGGAGAAAGAGGAAUGCUGGGAGCAGCUCCGACGGCACUGAGGAUUCAGACUUCUCUGCUGACCAUGAGCACACAGACCGAAUCGAGACCUAUGGGAGAACACGAAGGAACACGCGCCUCACCCGGGCAUCGCUGCGACUCAGCCAAAGUUCACAAGAUUCCAGCCCUGUCCAGAUCAGCCCAGCAGAGGUGGUGACCUUCUCUGCCCGGCGCGUGACCCGUAGCCGUAGUCUGCAGCAAGGGCCGCCGGUCACCCCCAAGAAAUACCCUCUGCGCCAGAGUCGCUCUUCGGGGUCGGACACGGAGCAGCAUGUGGAGGACCUGAAGCGAGCAGCAGACCAGGACGAGUCUCCGCCCCGCACCCCAACAGGGAACACCCUCUCAUCAGAGUCGGACAUUGACGUGUCCAGCCCUAAUGCCUCUCAUGACGAGAGCAUGCCCAAGGAGCUGUCACUCAAAGACUCUGGCAGUGACCUCUCCCACAGGCCCAAGCGCCGCCGCUUCCACGAGAGCUACAACUUCAACAUGAAGUGCCCCACACCAGGCUGCAACUCCCUGGGCCAUUUGACAGGGAAACAUGAGAGGCACUUCUCAAUAUCUGGCUGCCCUCUCUUCCACAACCUCUCUGUAGAUGAAUGCAAGACGAGGGCCUCCUCUCGUGACAAACAGGUGGAGGAGCGGACGUUGUCCCACCGGCAGGAUGAGAACAGACACGGUACCCGUCACCAGGCCCCAACGGAGAGACAGAUGAGGUACAAGGAGAAGGUGACGGAAAUGAGGAAGAAGAGGAACUCGGGUCUGCUAAAAGAGCAGAAAGACCAGUACAUGGAUCACCGGCAGUCCCACGGCAACAACCGAGAGCCCCUCCUGGAGAACAUCACAAGUGAUUACGACCUGGAGCUCUUUCGAAAAGCCCAGGCACGUGCUUCGGGGGAUCUUGAGAAGCUGCAGGGCCAGGUGGCGGAGGGCAGCAACAUGAUCAAGACCAUCGUGUUUGGCCGCUACGAGCUGGACACCUGGUACCACUCGCCCUACCCCGAGGAGUACGCCCGCCUGGGACGCCUCUACAUGUGUGAGUUCUGCCUCAAGUACAUGAAGAGUCUGACCAUCCUGCGCCGGCACAUGGCCAAGUGUGUCUGGAAACACCCACCAGGGGAUGAGAUCUAUCGAAAGGGAAACAUCUCCGUCUUUGAGGUGGACGGUAAAAAGAACAAGAUCUACUGCCAAAACCUGUGCCUUCUGGCUAAGCUCUUCCUGGACCACAAGACCCUAUACUAUGACGUGGAGCCCUUCCUCUUCUACGUCAUGACAGAGGCUGACAACACCGGCUGCCAUCUUGUUGGCUACUUCUCAAAGGAGAAGAACUCGUUCCUGAACUACAAUGUCUCCUGUAUCCUCACCAUGCCACAGUACAUGAGGCAGGGCUACGGAAAGAUGCUGAUUGACUUCAGUUACCUACUGUCUAAGGUGGAGGAGAAGGUGGGCUCUCCAGAGCGGCCCCUCUCAGACCUGGGCCUAAUCAGCUACAGGUCCUACUGGAAGGAGGUGCUGCUGCGCUACCUCAACCAGUUCCAGGGGAAGGAGAUCUCCAUCAAGGAGAUCAGCCAGGAGACAGCCGUCAACCCAGUGGACAUUGUCAGCACCCUGCAGUCCCUCCAGAUGCUCAAGUACUGGAAAGGGAAGCACCUGGUCUUGAAGAGACAGGACCUAAUCGACGACUGGAAAGCCAAGGAGACCAAGCGUGGCAGCAGCAAGACUAUUGAACCCACUGCCUUAAAGUGGACCCCACCUAAAGGAACAUAGGACACUUCUUCCCCCUACACCUUACCACACCAACUCUCCAUCACAAUGACCUGGGUUCAAAGCUCACUAUCAGAAUAGUUUACUUCAAACAACUUUUUGAUCAGUACACCGUGUUAGUGCAGAAUUAUUGAUCAUGAUUAUUGAGAGUCCUAACCAGGCUUAAGUAGUAGAUCAUAAUAGCAACAAGAAUACUGAUGGUGGGUUGCUUGAAUCCAGACCCUAGCUUGCCUCACACAACUUCUCAGUAGAACUGUAUUAACCUAGUGAGCCAGUCAGUUAGUACGUAUGGGAAUAUAGCUGUCUUUCUGGGGAGGGGUUGAGGUAACACAACAAUGUAUCCAUGUGUCUUGAUUGUCUUUAAUAUUUUCUGUUUGGUUUGGGCUUUAUUUUACUUAAUUUUUUAAUAUAUUUUUUAAACUUCUGUUUGGUAUUACCACUGUUAAGCUGUUUUGGCUAAUGUCCUUUUUUAAGCUAUUUUACAUUUGGCUUCCUGAAAGAUUGCCAAUUCCCUUUCUUCCCCUUCUCUCCACAGUGUGCACUCUUUCAAGUAUUUAAAAGCUUCGGACUGGUGAAAACGUUGGCUGGAGGAAGUUCCUUACCCCAAUCCCUUCCUUUUAAAUCCAUGAGGAAGAGUGCACAAGUAAACACUUUGGGGGAGGAGGAGAAGAACUGGAAUUCUCAGUCAGGCUCUGCCUGAGGCCGAAGUGCGAAUUUGAUGUCAAGUUCAAGUCAUGCUGUCAAUAUAUUUAAAUGAUGGAGAGAAGAUUUUAUGGUACAGGUUUGGCAAGACAAAGUAUAUUUGAAGAAAGUUUUUAAAAUGUGCAGGACUGGUUUCCUAGCUGGUUUCCUAGCUGGUUUCCUAGCUGGUUUCCUAGCCGUACUGAGAACUAGAUUUGAACGUGUCAUUAGAAGAGAUUUUCUCUAACAUGUUGCAGAGGAACAAGCAAAUGCAUGUAGUACACAGCAAAAGAGACUAUUUGUCUUGCGCUGUGGUCAACCCAUUUUAUGUCUGUUUAUGUGUAUAAGGAUAAAAUAAUGGAUGUUACUGACUGUUAGACUGAUUGUGCAUAUACAUGGGAUGAAACCAGAAAUGACCUCCAUCUGCUGUGUGUAUAUAAAGAUUUUGAGUUUCCACAGCGACGUAUGGCCCUCAUCUCAAGAAUUUAUUGCCACAAUAGGGCAACAAAUAUAUAAAGUGCACAUCUUUAUAGUUGCAGAAGAAAUGGCCUUUACUGACCAUAUGUCAAAAGUGAACUCUUUAUUAACACCGUAAAGGAUUGACAAACUUCACUGUCAUUCUGAAAUCGUGUUAAUCAUUGUGUAGAGUUUUGAGUUUUUAUUCUGUUGUGUUUCUGGGUUCUUUCUUGUGUGUUUAAAAAAAAUAAGCUAUUUGAUCCGUGUAUUUGUAUGUCAGAGGGGAGAAACAAAACAAGCUCAGAAUCUGAGAGGAGGUAUUUUGUCAAGGCUGCCAAAUAGACUGUAUAUUUCACCACCAUAUUUCAAUGGAUCCAGGAUGAACUAGGAAACUAAUACUCCAAUAAUAUGGCGUUAUGAUUCUUUUCAGAAUAUAAGCACUCGUGUUGGAUGUCCAAUUUUAAAUUGCAUGUUAAAAUAGUUUUGGGCCAGUCCGGCUUCAUUCAUUCCUUCUGCUUUUGAAUGUUAAGUAAAAGGCCUUGAAAUAUACCUGCCCAUCAGAUUGUUUACUUCCUUAUUUUGACUCUCUAAAACUAGAUUGUACACUGUCCACUAUAUUUUGGGGUAUGAUUUUGAUUUAGUUGCAAAGUUCAUGGUUCUUCAAAGAGUCUGUAUAAUGGCAGCAUCUUUGGCAUGAAUAGAUGCUGACUUGGCCUAACAUCACACAGAGGUAUUAUUGCAGGUCAACUUGCAGCUCAUUUCACUGUAUAUUUUAUUGGAACCUGAGAACACUGCUACAACAGGUCAACUGUUAAUUUCCCCAAAACAAUUCUCAUUUACCUCUGCCUUUCAUAUUUUGCCUCCCAACAUGUUGCUGUGGGCUGUGUUGUCUUGAUGUUUCCUCCUGUGCCAGUCAUGGCAGCUAUAGAAAGACACUCCAGAACAGCUCAGUUUAUCUGAAACCAGUGUGUGUGGUCAUAAUGUUCACGUUCAUACAAGCAUUUGUUCUUCAAUAAGCUAUCAAAAGAGCAGUAGACCACUGUUGCUGCACAGCAGUCAGCAGUACAUCUGUACAGCAUUAAUAUGUAGAUAAGUUGUGUGCACCUGCUUUUGUACUUGCUUCCUCUCCAAUAAAUCUAAACUCCAAAAUGUCUUGA